GCUGCAGGUGCAUCAAACAGACCCUGCUCCCACCGGGUGUGUGUGUGUGUGUGUGUGUGUGUGUGUGUGUGUGUGUGUGUGUGUGGUGUAAAGCGCAGUGGAACUGUAACGGGACACCGUGCUCUCCAGCAAGCAGGCUGUUGCAGCCGUGCGCGUUUCAUUAACGGGAUCACUUUUCAACCGGCAGAACAAUUAGAGAUAAGGUCCGAGCGGGCGCAGAGGAGCGGAGUCCGGAGGAGGACAGACACCAUGCCGAGGUCCUUCCUGGUGAAGAGCAAGCGGGCCCACAGCUACCACCAGCCCCGCUGCUGGGACGAUGACCGCAGCAGGCUGGACGCUGCUCUGGCUCACGUGUGCGCAGCGACCGAAUCAAGGGGGGUUGUGUCGGAGCCGCUUGAGGAUACAGGCAGCCGCGCUGACAGAGGAUCCCCCGGCUGGAGCCUGCGGUCGGCGGUGUCACUGUCCUCCGGGUCCCCGCGGAGCUGCAGAGAGAGAGCCUCGCACUGUGAUUUCUGGCGCCCGCCGUCCCCCUCGUCCUCCCCAGAUUCGGACAAAUGUUGCACAGCUGAGGAGGGUCCCGUCAGCAUCCCGCUCUUCUACCCGUGGUCGGACUACUCCGGUUCCGAUCAGAGGCCUCGGCCUCCGGGGCCUUACCAGCUACACCUCCGGGGCCACGGGGGGCCUCAGCCACGCGUCGCCGGUGUCUACGGUACAGAGGACGAAGAGUUUUACGCUCAUCGGAGCCUCCGGGUCGGGUGCUUCCGGGACUGCUCUUCCGCGGCCCGCCGGAUCUGCAGGAUGCAGGACGGAGAAGAGCUUUACCUGCACGCAAAGCAGCAGCUGCGCGUGGCAGAGAUCAAGUCUGAGGACUUCAUGACCUCUGACCUGGAGACGAACGGAUCGUAUAAAUGCAUCAAAUGCUGCAAGGUGUUCUCCACACCUCACGGGCUGGAGGUCCACGUGAGACGCUCUCACAGCGGCACGCGACCGUUUGAGUGCGAGACCUGCGGGAAAACCUUCGGACACGCAGUGAGCCUGGAUCAGCACCGCGCGGUCCACUCACAGGAGAGGAGCUUCAGCUGUAAAAUCUGCGGGAAGAGCUUCAAACGCUCCUCCACGCUCUCCACGCACCUGCUCAUCCACUCGGACACGCGCCCGUAUCCGUGCCAGUACUGCGGGAAGCGGUUCCACCAGAAGUCGGACAUGAAGAAGCACACCUUCAUCCAUACAGGUGAGAAACCGCACAAGUGUCAGGUGUGCGGGAAGGCGUUCAGUCAGAGCUCCAACCUCAUCACGCACAGCCGGAAGCACACGGGAUUCAAGCCGUUCGGCUGCGACCUGUGCGGGAAAGGCUUCCAGAGGAAGGUGGACCUGCGGAGGCACAAGGAGGCGCAGCACGGCCUGAAGUGAGCUGCAGCUGCUGGACUCGGUUCUUAUUUAACUCCGUUUGUUUGUUUUGACCUGAUUGCUGUGAGAAGGAGCUCCAGGUAAAGGCUGGUUUGUUUCUGGUGAUUAAACAUUAACCUGAAGAGUUGCGUUUGCUUUCUUCUCCACUGAUUUGACGGAGUGACGUCACGCAGACCAUCAAUUACGUCUGAUAAGUCCAACUUUCAGCAGAGGAACGUUUGGCUGCGCGUGCCAUCUGGACUCAGGCUCACCACCAUAUAACUAAUGACAUUAUGGCGCCAUAAAGUAAGGAGGUGUGAAGCGGUGGGCGGGAUUCCUCUGGUUCUGCAGCUCCAAACAUCUGGACCUGGUUCUGCAGCUCCAAACAUCUGGACCUGGUUCUGCAGCUCCAAACAUCUGGACCUGGUUCUGCAGCUCCAAACAUCUGGACCUGGUUCUGCAGCUCCAAACAUCUGGACCUGGUUCUGCAGCUCCAAACAUCUGGACCUGGUUCUGCAGCUCCAAACAUCUGGACCUGGUUCUGCAGCUCCAAACAUCUGGACCUGGUUCUGCAGGCUCUAACCCAAUAAACACAACAG